AUGGUCAAUUCGCUUGAAGCUCGACGUCAGAGCACACGCAGGCGACGACAUAUGAAAUAUAGUCGCAAUCCUAUUGUUGAUUCUCCUCAGUAUCAAGUGUACCGUGCUCGCCAGUCCCGAGAGGGCAAUACGGAGGACGCAAAAUGGCCACAAUUACUCGAAAUGGCUUUCCUCGAUGCGCUGAUAGAGAUUCCGUCGAUGGGCCGGCGGAAGUUCUCUUACAAAGGGAAACCUCACGGUCGGAACGAGUUGAUCAAGGAGUAUCUUUGGAUUGCGUACCUCCAAAGUCUGGCUCCGGGUCAGCGGCCAGAUCCCAACAUGGCUCGUACACGGAAACAAGUAUCGAGCCAUAUCCAAGUGCUGAAGGGUUUCCUGCGGGACCAUCCUGCCUUUGAUCGACUCUUCCCCAGCAACAAGGCUCCUAAAAAUGGAUUUGAAGAUUCUUUCAAGAAUGAUCCCUGUCUGAGAGCCCUUUCAGAAGGUCGCCUGCCAAGCAAGCAAUAUGACUACGAUAACAUGGAUCAGGUUGCUAUGCACGCACCGAUGAGACCGGUUCUAUUCUGGCUACUGAUCACGUCGUCGUCCGUUCCGGAUGAAGUCAACGGUAAGGAUGUCCACGAAGAAGAUCUGCUCAACGAAGGAAUGGUAGCGCAUCGAUUUACUGGACUCUCCACUCAACGGCAACGUGAUAGUCUUGAAACGAUCUCGAAUUGGAGGCAAAGGUUCCCGUACCUUCAACAGCUCGUCACUGCAGGCGAACUGCAUUGUGAUAUUAUCCAUAUGGACGUUUCACUCAAUCUGCUAAUGUCUCAUCCUCCAGAAGGAGCUGAGCUGUGCUGUCAGACGGUCCUGUCAUUCUCUCAGCCCCACGAAUACGAAUGGCGUAUCAUUACCACGCUCAACAGACCUCCAGAACUCUACCGCGAUCCUCAUUCAGAUCCUCCAGUGGAGGGAGAAGCCUGCCUCUGCCAAGCAACAUCACUAGGUGACGGCGAAACUCGCGUCAAGAUCCCAUUCCCAGCAGUCGGCUGGGCCAACGCCGUCACAUGUCUCACCAAUCUGCAAUCCAAAUACGACGAGAAGCGCAAAAACCAAGCCCUCGGCCUAAUGUCCAACAGCAACGCUCGCCCAGCCCGCGAAUACGUCGAGCAAAUAUCCAUGUACCAAGAAGUGCAAUCCUCGCCCGGCCCACGCAUGCCCUUCACUCGCCGUGCAAUCAUAGUCUGGACCUUUCAUCAAGCCCACGGCGGCGAGGGCAACGGCACACACUGGCGAUACCUCGAUGCCUCUCCCCCGCGCCGUUUAUGCAUGUCACCCUCCCCCCAUCCCAGUCACCAUCUCUCAGCCUCCAUGUCCGAGAACUUCGCCAGCUGGGCCGAAACCCCGCUCAGUAUGCAUCAAAACCUCAUGGAUCCUUUUGUCCAGGGCCUCGUCACGCUGCCUAAUACUGCAGGCCCGCAAUCCCCUUUCGAUGCGAGCAAUUAUGGCUAUGUGGGAGGGGGCGGGAGCUUCGAUUUGCCCGGCGAGAAUCUGAGUUUUGUGAGCAAUAACACGAUGGACAGUGAGUCGACGCUGGUGGAUCAUGAUACGGCUGCUCAUAUCGACCAUUUUCUAUCGAAUGUUAAUACGGGGUUGGGAGAUUAUGAUCAUGGUGCUGCGAGUUGGGUGCUUCCUGCGACGGAGAACUUUGAUGCCGAUCCGGCGUGGGCAAGUUAUAGUGUUCCGAGUAGCACGCCGGCAAUUGGGUGGGAUGGUGGGGAUGGGAAGGGGCAUGGUGGGUGGAAUGAGGUUGGGGUUGGAGAUGUUGAUGUUCAUGGGAAACAGAUAAGGUGGGGCGAGGAUGAGGGGAAGCAGGUGUUGCAAGAGUGGACUGGGAGUCCGGUGAAGGCGAGCAGUUACGUGGAGAAUAUCGAGCAGAAGCUAGGGGCUUGGAUUGAAGAGAAUGGAGAUGGGGAGGAGAGAGGAGGAUACGAAGAAGUUGGUAAUUCGGAAGGUGGCUAUGGGAUUGUUGGAAAUUUGAGGAAUGGAUACCCCGAGGUCGGAGACAUGCAUGGAGUUAUUGGGAACAGCAUGGAGCAUGGUGGUAAUGAAGAGAAGGCUUACAUGCAUGAAUGGGAUGUGGUGGACGAUGGUUUCGACUAUGCAUCUCUUGCAGAACGGUUGAAGACCUGA